UCUUCUUCCCAGCCUGAAUCUGCAAUCUUUAGUUUAGAUAAAGCACUUGCAAAGCAGACCAGAAGCCGCUGCAGCUAUCAGCAGAUCUCAUAUGAUUGUUUGGUAAAGGAAGGCUCUGCGACUCUGCACAGGUCACCACCCUUGGAACUCCGUGACUGAGCGUUGGAGACAGCCGUCGGCCCCCUGCAGUUACAGCCGCGGGAGCCCUGGAGUGGGUGGCAGCGGCCCAGGAAGGAGCAGCAACCACCAGGGAGGAAAAUUCUUCUAAGGAUGGUCUCCCACUCAGAGCUGAGGAAACUUUUCUGUUCAGCUGAUGCAGUAUGCUUUGAUGUUGAUAGCACGGUCAUCAGAGAAGAAGGAAUUGAUGAGCUGGCCAAAAUCUGUGGAGUUGAGGAUGCUGUGUCAGAAAUGACACGGCGAGCCAUGGGUGGGGCAGUGCCUUUCAAGGCUGCCCUCACAGAGCGCUUGGCUCUGAUCCAGCCCUCCAGGGAACAGGUACAAAGGCUCAUAGCAGAGCAUCCCCCACACCUGACCCCUGGUAUAAGGGAGCUGGUAAGUCACCUACAAGAGCGAAAUGUUCAGGUUUUCCUAAUAUCUGGUGGCUUUAGGAGCAUUGUAGAGCAUGUUGCUUCAAAGCUCAAUAUCCCAUCAACCAAUGUAUUUGCCAAUAGGCUGAAAUUCUACUUCAAUGGUGAAUAUGCAGGUUUUGAUGAGAUGCAGCCAACAGCUGAAUCUGGUGGGAAAGGAAAAGUUAUUAAACUUUUAAAGGAAAAAUUUCAUUUUAAGAAAAUACUCAUGAUCGGAGAUGGAGCCACAGACAUGGAAGCCUGUCCUCCUGCUGAUGUUUUCAUUGGAUUUGGAGGAAAUGUAAUCAGGCAACAAGUAAAGGACAAUGCAGAAUGGUACAUCACUGAUUUUGUAGAGCUUUUAGGAGAACUGGAAGAAUGAUCGAUUUUUAUAUAGUUCACAACUUUAGAUUAAUUUUUAAAAGUGAUACAGUUUGAUGCAGUUCGCUUACCAUUGCCAAUUACAACUUAAUGGAUACAUUUGAUACUGAUUAUCUGUACUUCUAAAUAAACUACAGUUAGGCCUUCUAGAGGCCAUUGCUUUUUCAAACUGCAGUUCCAGUAUUAUGACCAUUAAUUACCUGGAGAGUUUUAUCAUCUGUUCUUUAUGUAUUUUCCUAGCUUUAUUUUAUUUGAAGCUUUUUAAAUGUGGAUAGUAAAUUAAACACCUUCUCUGUUGAAAAUAUGGAUUAGGCAGCUUUAAGUGAAUAUUGCUUUUCCCUUUGGUAUAUAAAUAAAAGUUUAUCCUUGUAUCAGAA